GGCUUGCUGGAGGAGGAUUGCCCGGAGAGUUUCAUGUCUCCUCUUUCCACGAUGGAGUGGCUCGGACCAUUAUCUCGAUUGGCUGUACUUCAGAUACAGCCAGAAUGGCGCUGAUGCGUGCGCAGUAAAGAGAUAAAGGAGGCGCAGCAAACAGGUGUUUCCAACCAGGGGCCGCGCUCAACUCCUCUCACUCUGCGCUUCAGCCAUGUGCGCUGCGGCGUAGCUCUACCUCUGCGCACUUGGACGCACAUGGACAGAAGGAUGGGACAUGUCGCGACAUGAGAGUCUUUGAGAACAUCUUUGAGUGGACCUCUUUUCUUUCUCGGAUGGGUUUUAUGACAGAAAACAAUUAAGAUUUUGGGUGAUUCUAAGAGUGAUCUCCAAACUGUUUUCAUAGCUGCGGCUUACAGAAGGCGCACCGGGAAAAGUUCGUGACCCUUUUUUUGCUGCACAUUUCCCUCCUUAAUCCAGUGCUCUGGAUUUUAACGAGGUGAGACUCACUUUUCAAGUCCCCACACUGUCGCUAAACUGGCCAUGGCAGCAGUUAUCGCCAGCUCCCUCAUCAGGCAGAAGAGACAAGCGAGGGAGCGGGAAAAGUCCAACGCCUGUCGCUGCGUGAGUAGUCCCAGUAAAGCCAAAGGGAGCUGCGAAAAGCCCAGCAAACUCAGUGUCUUCUCCCGAGUCAAACUCUUCAGCUCCAAGAAGAGACGCAGAAGACGCCCAGAGCCCCAGCUGAAAGGGAUCGUGACAAAGCUGUACAGCCGCCAGGGCUUCCACCUCCAGCUGCAGGCUGACGGCACCAUCGAUGGAACCAAGGAGGAGGAUAAUGGUUACACCAUGUUCAACCUUAUUCCUGUGGGGCUGCGGGUGGUUGCCAUUCAGGGAGUGCAAACUAAACUCUACUUGGCCAUGAACAGUGAAGGAUUCUUGUACACAUCAGAACACUUCACGUCGGAGUGUAAAUUCAAAGAGUCGGUGUUUGAGAACUACUAUGUGACGUAUUCCUCCAUGAUCUACCGGCAGCAGCAGUCAGGCCGGGGCUGGUACCUGGGCCUCAACAAGGAGGGCGAGAUCAUGAAGGGCAACCACGUCAAGAAGAACAAGCCAGCAGCACACUUUCUUCCCAAACCGCUAAAAGUUGCAAUGUACAGAGAGCCAUCCCUCCACGAGCUGACAGAGUUUUCGCGCUCGGGCACAGGCACCCCCACCAAGAGCCGGAGUGCGUCUGCGGUGCUGAACGGAGGCAAGACCGUGAGCCAGCACGAGUCCACGUAGCGAGGGACCUCCUCUGGGACAGAAACCUCCGAACCUUACCUCCAGCAGAGCGUGAUCCACAAGUUUCUCACCAUUUCAGGACUGAAACACAAACACCAUUAUCAUUAUUAUUAAAUAACACUUCCAUUUUGGUAUUUAACUUUUUCGGUUACAACUGUAGUACUAAAACAUAUAAUAGCACAUUUACCACAUUCUGGAUGGAGCAGUUAUAAUAUUGUUUUAGCUUGAGUUUUCUUUCUUGCAUCACUGUUGGGGUGAUAUUUGCUCAUGUUGAAAUGGUUUCUUUUACUUUGAGCGCUCAUGCAUUAUUGCAACAGUGCGAGGAGAGAGGCGCUGUUGUCGGCCCACAGUGGUGCCGUGGCGGUGUGCUCCUUGCUUCUGUGAAUACAAAGCCUCUAUGAUGUCCCUGGCACGGUGCAGUACUGUUGAGACUGUGACCGGCCAGAUGGUAGCUCCUCUGUGUCCUCAUGCACAAGCUCAGACUGGGCACAUAGCAUGGGAGAAGAUGCCUCCUCUGUUGAUCCCAAUUAUAUAGGACAGUGUGGCUCUUGUUUUUUUCUUUAGAGAGAUGCCACAGCUGCACCUUGAUUCUGCUAAUUUUCUAAAUUAGCCUUGAGCCUUUUAUUUCUUUCUUUCUUGGUUGUUUUCUAUACCUUGUGUUCUCUUCCCUUGCCAUUGUUCAGUAUCUGUUAUGGAUUUUUUAUCAUCAUUGAAAGAGGUUCCAGCAAACCAAAGAGUGUCCCUUUAAGCCGCUGAGAAUGGAGCCAGUCUAAAGGCAAAUCUGGAAUCCUUAUGCUGAGAGUGAGCAGUUUUGGCUGUACACAAUUGGAGAAGGCAGUGAUGUGACAUACUUUGGACUUGGCAGCCUGCUGGAUCUUGUGUUUUUUCUUAUAUCUGAUAUGCUUGAGUACUGAAGUAUGGAAUGAUCUGUGUGUGUCCCCAUUCCCUUCUGUUUGGACUGUGUUACGAUGUCUCCGUCUCUGUGCUCUGUGUCAUGUCAUCCUUUGGCCCUCUUCCUCCAGCAUCUGUUCUCUUUAUUGACCCAUACCAUUGCCAUAGGAAGUAUGGCACGGCAAGUCCCCUCCCAGGAUGCUUGUUCUAUGUAUUUGAGUAAUUUAUCGUGGUGACAAUAUUUUCUAUAUUCAAAAGAAUACUGUGGACUUUUAGGUGGCUUAACAUUUUAUAGGACAUGUCAUAUUUGUAAAAGUGAAAAA